GACGUGGCGCUGAGGCUGAUGCUGCCAACUUGGGUCCUGAGACUUCCACAGUGUUGGAUGGCACUGGUGCCGGCAUGGGAGAUGUUGCUGGUCCUCCGGCAGGUGCUGAAGUGGGUGAUGGAACCGUACCUUUGGCAGAUGGAUCUGUGCCACCAGGAGGAACAAUGCCAGAAGGAACUCCAGGAGACGUGAAUGCUCCGUUUCCACCGGUUCCUCCAGUGAUCACCCCACAUGGUGAUGUGAACGCUGCUGAAGUCUUGGCUGUGAGUACGGAAUUGGCUCGGAAGAUCUUAGAGUGUUCCAACAGGCUUGCAAAUGUAACUGAAGAGCUUGCCAUCACCAUGGAGCAUUUCACCCAAGGAAAAAUGGAAAUAAAGAAAGGAUUUGAAGAAUUGAGUGUCCAGAUCCAGAAUCAAGCGACCUGCAUAACAACGAUGACAUCAGGAGUGUCGUUCCAGGCUGGAGAAACGACCAAGCUUCUCAAAGCUUUCGACCGGUGGGCUGCCACUGGUCGUUGGGCUCUAGCUGGCAACCAGUCAGUGGAAGCCAACAUAAAGGGAGUCCAAAGUGAAGUAGAGAAGCAAACAAAGAUGUUGGAGACCAACCUCAGUCAUGGAUUUGAUAGCAUUGGAAGGUAUCUUCGAGAGAUGGUUCCGAAUCGUUGGGGUGCAGUGCAGAGUGCCUUGAGGAAGCGGCUGUCAGCCAUCUGUGGCGCCGGCAAGGAGUUACAGCUGAGGCUACACGGCGUAGGACGUGGCGCUGAGGCUGAUGCUGCCAACUUGGGUCCUGAGACUUCCACAGUGUUGGAUGGCACUGGUGCCGGCAUGGGAGAUGUUGCUGGUCCUCCGGCAGGUGCUGAAGUGGGUGAUGGAACCGUACCUUUGGCAGAUGGAUCUGUGCCACCAGGAGGAACAAUGCCAGAAGGAACUCCAGGAGACGUGAAUGCUCCGUUUCCACCGGUUCCUCCAGUGAUCACCCCACAUGGUGAUGUGAACGCUGCUGAAGUCUUGGCUGUGAGUACGGAAUUGGCUCGGAAGAUCUUAGAGUGUUCCAAUAGGCUUGCAAAUGUAACUGAAGAGCUUGCCAUCACCAUGGAGCAUUUCACCCAAGGAAAAAUGGAAAUAAAGAAAGGAUUUGAAGAAUUGAGUGUCCAGAUCCAGAAUCAAGCGACCUGCGUAACAACGAUGACAUCAGGAGUGUCGUUUCAGGCUGGAGAAACGACCAAGCUUCUCAAAGCUUUCGACCGGUGGGCUGCCACUGGUCGUUGGGCUCUAGCUGGCAACCAGUCAGUGGAAGCCAACAUAAAGGGAGUCCAAAGUGAAGUAGAGAAGCAAACAAAGAUGUUGGAGACCAACCUCAGUCAUGGAUUUGAUAGCAUUGGAAGGCAUCUUCGAGAGAUGGUGAGACUCCUAGAGGAGCGAGCUCAGAAUGCUGCAGUUCCAGCUGCGGUGGGAGGAACUGGAACUCCUAUCACACCUGGAGGGAUCAGUACAUCUGGAAUCACCAUACCGCCCAUGGCUGGAAGUCUGAGAGGAUCAACAACCCCCGGGCAUGCCGUGGGAGAUGCAGGAACUCCUCUCACACCAGGAACCGUCAGUGCCCCUGGAACUACUGGGCCUGCUGGGACUGCAAAUCCGGGAGGAUUAACAUCACCCGGACCUGCCCCUGCCCCAGCAGUUCCACCACUUCCGGCAGAGCCAGUGUCACUCUUUAUGGCGUUCUGUCCGGAACAGCCGAACGGGCCGAGACCAAAUACUCCCCUUCCGAUCCCAACACCGUGCCAGCGUGUGGGCAUCGUUACCAGAGAUGCGGGAACGGGUGUACAGAGGACAUUGUCACCGACGGCAUACCGUCCUGAACAAACCAGCGGAAUCACCAGUCUCUAG